UUCAAGGCAAUCAAUUAUGCGACGCUGAUACGUUUUCCUGGUAUUGGCUUCAUGCGCGUUAACUAGUUAUACCAUUACACGUUCUUUCGUUAGACUUGUAAGACACAGCGCCAUCUUGUGACUCACUUUUGAAUCAGCUGUUUCCAUCGGAAUGUACUCUGAUUUACUUAGUACUGUUGUACAGUUUGGGUAAAAAAAAAACAAAAAUACAAAAUAAUUGAAUAUUUUGGUAGUGGUAUUUUUUAAAUAGGUUCCGGAAAUUGUGAUGGUGGGUUUAUGUCGGUUAUGCGCGGCGGUGCGAAAAACUGAUAUGCUACUACCUAUGACAAAAGAAGUUUGUCAGAAAAUAAAAGAGUGCUUUACCAUGGAAAUGUGUCAUUAUGGGGACAAAUUACCUAAAUAUACCUGCUGCAUUUGCUUUGAAGCGCUGCAAAAAGCAUUUGCAUUCUUUAAAAAAGUGCAGGAAUCCCAAGAAUCUUUGAAACUAUUGUUUGCCGACACCAAACCUAAGGUGUCAAAGGCUAACAAUGGGCAAACAUUGAGUAGAACAAAUAAUAAACAAGUAGAAAAUAUUAGGCCUAAUGCAAAACCGUCUGAACUGGAUAUAGAGGCGAUUAUUGACGAAACUAAUUCACACGAUAAGUUGCAGUCAGAAAACUUGGAAACAAACAACGAAGAAGAUGUCUUCCGAUUGUAUCAAAUAAUACAGACUGUUGAAAGUUCUGACGGAGAGAGCUUACUUUCAGAAAACGAUAUCAAAUCAAAUUCAAGUCCAAAGCAUUUCUUAGAAAACGAUGAAAUUGAAUUAUUCUUGUUAGAGCAAGAUGAGGUACGGAAAGGUACUGAAGAUAUUGCAGAGGAGCAAGAAGAAAAUGACGAUGUAAUUAUGCUUGAAGAAGCGAAUUCAGUGAAUGAAUCAACUGUAUCAGAUAUCAUUCUUAACGAUACCGUCGGUGAAGCUCUUCGUACUAAUAAUGGUAAAACUUUAAAGGAAACCGGCAAAAAUAUAGAACUCGAUAAAAAGAAAGCCUGCGAGACAUCCCAUUUAUAUGUUGAGUUGCGUGAUACAUGUGGUAAAACUGCUCGUGAUCAGAAUAUUGCAUUGAAUAGUGCAAAAAAAUUUGAUGAAACAAAAUGUAAUCAGUGUUCCUAUUGCGACAAAAAGUUCACAUUACUUGGAAAUUUGCGGGUGCACGAAAAAAUCCAUUCCGGUUUGAAAGAGUUCACGUGUGAGAUAUGUGAUCGUCAAUUUCACCAAAAACACAAUUUAGAAAUCCAUAUGUAUUCACAUGUGGAUGACAAAGCAUACAAAUGUAAAAUAUGUAAGAAAAGCUUAAAGACGCCAAAUAGUUUGGAAAAACAUCUACUAAUUCAUAAUGAUAUAAAGAAGUUUAGCUGUGAUUAUUGCGACAAGAGAUUUCGCACGAAGGAUUCAAAAUGUUCGCAUGAACGAGUUCAUACUGGGGAAAAACCUUUUAAAUGCAAAUAUUGUGAUCGGAGCUUUCGCUUCCGCAGCGGAUUAAUGGGUCAUGUUAAUUUACAUACUGGAGAACGUCCCUAUUCCUGUACGCACUGCAGUCGGCAAUUUACUAACUGGGGUAAUAUGAACAAACACAUUAAACGCUGUCAUAAUCGUCAGGAUGAUAUCAAAUGAAUACUCCACAUAUCACCGCUUUGUUGUAUUUAAUAAAAUAGAAUAAAAUU